CCGCCCCCCGGGCACCUUCGGGGCCGCGGCCAUUUCCGCUGCUCUGGGCCGAGCGGGCCCCCCCUCCCCCCACCCCGGGCUCGGGCCGCCGCCGCGCCGCCCGGAGCGGGCCCCCUGGCGGGAUGCGGCCGCCCCCGGGCGCGCGCUGGCUGCUGCUCUGGCUGCCGCCCCUUGCCCUGCUGCCCGCGGGUGCGGUGCGCCGGGAGGAGGAGGAGGCGGCGACGUUGUCAGUUCUAAGAUGUAAAGCUUUGAAGGAAAUGGAUUUAAUUAAAACUUCUCAGUCAGACUGUUACUGCUACAAUCAAAAUUCCCAAGUGAAAUGGAAGUAUAUAUGGUCAACUGUGCAGGUAAAAAUUACCAGUUCAGGCCAGCUCAGUAUUGUAUAUACCACAGAAAGAUAUAAUUGCCAGUAUCCAGAAACCAUUCUAUCUGUUAUCAAAUGUGUGAUUCAUAACUUUUGGACACCAAAGGAAUCUAAUGAUAUAACCAUAACCAUCAAUCCAUAUGGGGAGACUGUGUGCUUCUCUGUGAAGCCUGCCAGGAAGAUAUUCAUCUAUACAAUAAGUGUGAAUCGAAAGAUCGUGGAUUUCAAACUCUUCCUUGUGUUUGUGGUGGGCAUUUUCCUCUUCUUUUAUGCAGAGACCUUGAGUCGAAGCCCUGUUUUCUUUUACUCCUCGGGGACUGUGCUAGGUAUUCUAAUGACAUUAGUCUUUGUCCUGUUGCUAGUGAAAAAGUUCAUUCCUAAGUAUAGCACCUUUUGGGCUCUAAUGGUUGGUUGUUGGUUUGCUUCAGUUUAUGUUGUGUGGCAACUGACGGAAGAUCUGAAGUGGCUGUGGUAUGAAAACAGAACAUAUAUAUUAGGCUACGUCUUGAUAGUUGGGUGUCUCAGCUUUACUGUUUGUUACAAGCACGGGCCUCUUGUGGAAGAGAGGAGCGUGGCCCUCCUGGCGUGGACGCUGCGGCUCCUCUCCCUGCUCCUGGUCUACGCUGGUGUGGCCGAGCCUCAGUUCGCUUACACAGCGGUGCUCCUCAUCCUGUCAUCCAGGAACCUGCGCUACCCAUUGAGAGCGCUCGCUUAUGUGAGGCGGAAAAUGAAGAAAUGGUUUACAUCAGAAAAGCUGGUGGUUAAGUUUCUCACCGAAGACGAAUACAGGGAACAAGUGGAUGUCACAACGACCGGCGCCCUAGAGGAGCUGCGCCAGGCCUGCCGCAGCCCCGGCUUCCCAUCCUGGCUGGCCGUUUCCAGGCUCCAGGCGCCUAAAAAGUUUGCAGACUUUGUUCUUGGAGGAAGCCACUUGUCACCUGAAGAAAUUAGGCUGCAUGAAGAACAAUAUGGCCUCGGGGGUGUCUUCUUGGAAGAGCAGCUCUUUAACCCGAGGAUUCCUGACGGUCUGCCUGCACAUUGACUUCAUUCUGGACAAGGAAGUGGGUAGGGGCAGGGAUUCCAUUAAAGGUUGGCAGAGCGUCCUGGGGAACAGUGGCAGAAGUAUCUGCUGUGGAGAAAAAUCAAGUCACACUGGAAAGGAAAACUAAACUGUAUUGAAGAUAACUGAUCCUCCUUGGCCAGUUCUGUGUAUUGUACUGUAGGUGGCCACCAAGAUUCUGUGACGGCCAUUACCACUUCCUUGAAUGAAGACUUUCAUUAGGAACAAGGGAACCAUGUUGAUCUUAAAGGGACCAAUUAAUGUGAGUAGGUGCCUUGUCAACUCCGGGGCAUUAAAUCCUCUCAAUCUCCAGAAACUGUGUCAAAAGACUCUGCAUUGCUCUUCCUGCGUGUUAUCAACGUAUGUGCUGGAAGAGACCUGAGAUGUGCUGAACCAGUAUUUCCCAAAGUGUAGUCCACAGGAUGCUAAUAAGUGUUAGUAGGUAAAGGGAUCCUGAGGUCAACUAAGAUACACGAUUACACAAAUGUACUGCAGAACUUCUCAGAGCCUUUAAUAAUGCUAAUACACAUUGUGGAUCUCCUAAAAGAGGAGAAAUUGUAUGCAGCAGUCUCUGACUUAAUUUGACAACGGAACCCUUUUUCAUGAGAUUAAUAUUCCUCAGAACACAUGUUUAGAAAAUGCUGAUGGUGGAGGAAUGGAAGUUUGGGAAGGUUAAAUAACUUGUCCAAGACCACAGAGCUUUUUAGAGGCAGCCCUGGGACUAGACUUCCAGCCCUACUGUUUCCUGUGACUCAGGUGGAAGAGACCUUUAGAAGCAAGAUGAGGGGCCAUCUCUCCACAGCCUUGGGUCUCACGAUAUUGGUGACUUAUGUUUUUACUUUUUAAUAAUAGCCAACUGUUUGAUAACUGCAAUAAAGAGAAACAUUUUCUAAGGUUAUAUUUUAAAUUUUGAUAAGAAUUUCAUAGAUAUAUAUAAAAAUUAGAAGUUAGAAUUACUUUUUAUAUUUUUUUGUAUGUCAAAAUUGAAGGCAUUUAACUUCAAGUUGACUGGCCUAUUUUAAAAACCUGUUUAAUUAUAUAUGUUUAUAACAAAUUCCUACAAAACAGAUUUGUGAUCUUUCUUAAAGAGAAUGAAUCUUUUUUUCUUGAUUCAUGAUAUUAGACUCCAGAGUGAAAUGAGGGACUGUGAGCUUUGACCCUGACGAAAAGAGGCCAAAACAUAAAUCUGAGAACAGAUCUGAACAUGGCAAAGCAAUCUAAGGGUUAGGAUGUUGCUAAGUUGAUUCUCUUUAAGAAUCAAAUGCAGGCCCUUUUGCUGUGGUGGGGCCAGAAAGAGAAGCAGCAUAAAGAAUGAGGAAUCUCCCUUUUCUAAAAGGAUUAUAGAGGAGGGACAUACGGAUCAUUUGGGCACUGCUUUCCUGAGCCAAAUUUAGUAAGAGUUUUUCUAAAUUGCUGAAUAAGUGUGGCUGCCUAUUUGGAAUUUUUUAGAUUAAUUUCCAAAUGAUAUUUCCUCUUUGAAACAGUGUGUCCGUGUUUUACAGGUCUCUAUUUUUGCCAGACACCUUUUUAAUAUCAGGAACUUUGCUAUUUUUGUGAAAUGCACUAAAUUUAAUCUGUGCUUUCACAUAGACUUUGAUAUAAAAAAAAAAUCAAAGUAUAUUCCAUUCAGAUUUAUGAAGACGGUGACUUUUAUAAGUGUAGACCGUUUUAACAGCAUUUUAGUUACAGUGUAAAUCUAUAAUUUUUAUUUUUUUGGAAUUCUAUUUAUUGGUGCUGUUUUAUAAACGUACAUGUCAGAUGUGUUCAUGGUCAUGCUCACCAAGAGGCAGUGUGUGUACUACAAGUUGUGUGUGUGCGUAACGCAUGCAGCCUGCUGGCCUUCCCAGGGGGCAUCCCAGCCAAGAUGGCUCCUGGGCCUCACAUUGGCCAGGGUGAACAGGUGCUGACAAUAGAAAGAAGCAGAUCCUGGUGGGCCAGCAACCUCAGUGUAGCUGUUUUUAUUGUGAUAAAAAUAGCUAAAGGAGGAGAAAAUCAGUCUUUGGGGAUAUUGUUUUUCAUGUUUAUUUUUGGAGUAAACUGUGGAUUUGUCAGUUUCUGUUAUGUAGGUGCUGUGAGAAGCUAAGUAAU